AUGGACCGAACUAUAUCCCCACCUAGGCCUACUAUUGAACAACUACGACAUGUCGUCAACAACUACCCCAUCAUCGACAAUCACGCCCACAACCUCAUCUUACCUCACCAAGCCGAUACAAUUCCCUUUGAAACCAUAACCACGGAAGCUCAAGGAAGAGCUUUGCGAGACACCUUCAAAUCACUGCCCCAUUUACGAGCCGCCAAACAGCUACGCCGACUUUACGAAUGUGGUGAGGACGCGGACUGGGAGGACAUUCUGGAACAGAGGGUUGAGUGGAUCCGGAGCAACUCCGAACGAUUGCAUCAACGAUGCUUCGAAAAUGUGCACGCACUCCUCAUCGAUGAUGGACUCGCUGGGCCGGAGAAAGUCUUCCCUUACGACGACCAUGAUCGUUGGACCCAGGCACCUAGUAAGCGCAUUGUGCGCAUCGAGACGGUCGCUGAGCGCUUGAUGGAGAAUCUUGUACGAGAUGCAUCAGAAGACGAUCUGGGAAAGACCAAGUUUCUACCGCAGGUCUGGACGAAUUUUACUGAAGACUUCGAGCGCGAGAUUCAAGACGCGGUUGAAGAUGACAACGUUGCUGGAUUCAAAUCUGUCAUCUGUUACCGAACGGGUCUUGAUAUCGAACCGGAGUAUGAAGAAGCUGCGAAGACAGUUGGACACCCUUUCGAGCGCUACGUCAAGAGUUGCAUUCGCAAACGCAACUACCGUAUCGAAAAGAAGCACCUGAACGACUAUCUUGUGUUGCGCACACUGGAGAUCCUGUCCGAGCAAUUGCCACAUGGUGAUUCUCUUGCGAAGCCAUUUCAGCUACAUACUGGCCUGGGAGACAAUGAUAUUAGCCUCCUUGAGUCAAACCCAGCCUUCCUGCAGCCAUUGAUCGAGAACUACCCCCAGGUGCCGUUCGUACUCCUUCAUUCAGCGUAUCCAUAUACGCGCGAAGCGGGCUACCUCGCAACCGUAUAUCGACAUGUGUACCUGGACAUCGGCGAGGUCUUUCCAAUGGUCAGUAGAGAUGGUCAGACCGCGAUCUUGCGUCAAGCCAUGGAGCUUGUCCCUGGCAGCAAGCUGUUAUAUUCAUCUGAUGGCCAUUGGUUCCCUGAGACAUUUUGGCUUGCCAAUCUACAGUUUCGCGAAGUUUGGUUCCAGCUACUCAGCGAGUAUAUCCAAAAAGGCGACAUAACCCCACACCAAGCUAUUGGCAUGACGAAAGAUAUCAUGUUCAACAACUCCAACGUACUGUAUGAUCUGCGCUACGAGGCUAUAUUCGAUGAGACAGUACAAGCGGAUCCAAAACAACUUACCUACAACCCAAAGCCUGCUGCGGCUUCACCUUAUCAGUCUCCAGCAGUGACACCAGCCCCUGCUAUGAGUAUCCCCAACCGAUUCUCAGCUUCAAACACGCCAGGCAGUCGGUCAGUGUCUCCGUACACGCAGCCGGCGUUUCCCCCGCCGCCAAAGGUGCCGCAUGUAUACGACGUUCAGUUGUUCGAAGACUUUAGAGAAAGGAACCCUACAGUGAAGUUCAUAUACGUGCAAUGGCUUGAUUACAUGGCCACUAUCCGUAGUCGCAUUGUUCCCAUCAAGGAGUUUACACGCAUGAUAAUCGAAGGAGAACGCAUUGGCAUAUCACAGGGAAACACGGGCACUCUUCAGAACGAUCGCCUUACCCCAGUUGUAAACACCACGGGCCAAGUCUACGUCGAACCCGAUCUACGUUCCCUCCGUGUAACCCACAACAAAGAUCCCCUUCCCGCUGCAACAGUACUCAGCUACUGGCGCACAGAAGACGGAUCUGUCCUUCCAGAAGACCCACGAAACAACCUGGAAACGCUAAUCAACGACCUCCAAUACAACUACGCGACAUCCCUUCUCAUCGGCUUCGAAAUAGAAGUCACAUUCCUCUCGCGAAACCCCCCUUCCACUUCCACCAACCCUUUCCAAACUGAGCCCUACUCACCCUUGACCAAGACCCAUGCGUGGGGAACCCUUACACCGGAACAAUGGCUGCAACUCCCCUUCCUCAGCGAAAUCGUCCUCGCACUCGAGGAAAUGGGCAUCGAAGUGCAACAAUUCCAUGCUGAAUCCGGACCGGGACAGUACGAAUUCGUGCUUCCGCCUCAUCCUCCUCUGCUCGCUAUCGACACACUUAUCCAGGCCAGACAGGUAAUUGCCCAGAUAGCUAGUCUGCAUGGACUGCGCGCAACGCUGCACCCCAAGCCCUUCGAGGGCAUGGGCACGGCUGCCCACGCGCAUGUUAGUUUGCACCCGCCAGAGAGGGACAUGCAGUUCUUCGUCGGGGGCGUGUUGAAACAUCUCCCUGCUAUCUGCGCAUUCACCAUGCCAGAGGAGGUCAGCUAUGGACGUGUAGCAGACAACUCUUGGACAGGCGGAUCAUGGGUAGCAUGGGGCACUCAAAACCGCGAAACGCCACUCCGGCGCAUCUCCCCCGGCCGCUGGGAACUCCGUUGUAUUGACGGCCUCGCAAACAUGUACUUCGCCCUUUCUGCCGUUCUCGCCGCCGGCCUCCUCGGUCUCGCUGCAAACGACCUUAUCUUCCCAGAACAGGACAUUCAGGCCAAUCCUGCAACCAUGGACGAGCAGAUGCGCGCUACGGUUGGUAUGACGAGGAAGAUGCCUAGGAGCAUGAAGGAGGCUGUGGAGGCGCUGAGAGAGGAUGGACCGCUUAAUGAGGCGUUGGACCAGAAGUUCAUGAGGGCGUAUCUGGAGAUGAAGCGUGAGGAGGCGAAGAUGUUGGGGGAAAUGGGUGAGAUUGAGCGGAGGGCGUUUCUGGUGGAGAGAUAUUGA